AAAAAAAUCUCUGGGAGAUACUGACCGUGUAUAUCAUAUAGCUCGUUUGGCAUACCUUCGAGAAAUCCUCGAAACUCUCGACGAGCUCGCAGAGAUAGCCUUUGAGGCACACAAGCAAGCUGAUCGUCCUGCUCUCAUCCACGACAUGGCUUCACAAGGCCUUGUUGUGCCGGCGGCGGAGGAUUGGAAGGGCGGCGAUGGUAAUCCCAAUUUCCGUGCCCUUGGGAAGCUCUCUCCACCUGUGAUGCGAAAGAUCGAGCCGUUCGGAGCGCAAUUCCUUGCCUAUGCUCGCCGCAAGCGCCACGGUCGCACUUUCUCUGAAGAUCAACGUCUCGAAGCCCUCAAAAAGGUGAAGAAGUCCGAAGACGAUGAUGACGACGAGAUCAGCGAGCCAGAAGACCCCUUGAUGCUUGCGAGAGAUGCGAAGGACUGGAAGGGACAAGACCACUACGCCGUCCUCGGCCUCUCCAAAUACCGCUACAAGGCUACCGACGAGCAGAUCAAGAAGGCUCAUCGCAAGAAAGUCCUCAAACAUCAUCCAGACAAGAAGGCCGCAGCUGGUCAGGGUGACGAGAACGACAGCUUUUUCAAAUGCAUACAGCGUGCCUACGAGAUCCUCACCGACCCCGUCAAACGUCGUCAGUGGGACUCAGUUGACGAAGCCGCUGACGUCGAACCGCCAACCAAGAAAGACAUGCAGAAGCCUGGAAACUUUUACAAGAAAUGGAACGCCGUGUUCCAGAGUGAAGCCAGAUUCAGCAAGAAGACCCCGGUCCCCAUGCUUGGUGACGAGAACAGCACGCGCGAGGAAGUGGAGGAAUUCUACGACUUCUGGUACAACUUCGACAGCUGGCGCACAUUUGAGUAUCUUGACGAAGAUGUCCCGGAUGAUAAUGAAGGGCGAGACCACAAGCGUCACAUCGAGAAGAAGAACGCGAAUGCCCGACGUAAGCGCAAGACCGAGGAUACCGCGCGCCUGAGGAAACUUGUGGAUGACUGUCUGAGCUACGAUGAGCGAAUCAAGAAGUUCCGCAAGGCCGCGAAUGCUGACAAGAACAAGAAACGCCUGGAGAAAGAGGCUGCUGCGAAACGAGAGGCGGAAGAGAAGCAGCGAGCCAAGGAGGAAGAGGAACGCAAGAAGAAAGAAGAGGAGGAGAAGUUGAAGGCCGACAAAGAAACAGCCAAGAAGGCGAAAGAGGCGGCUAAGAAUGCGGUCAAGAAGAACAAGCGCGUGGUCAAGGGCAGUGUCAAAGACGUCAACUACUUCUCCGAGGGCGAGGCGUCUCCUAAACAGAUCGACGAUGUGUUGAAUGACGUGGACAAGUUGCUCGGCAGCGUUGACGCGGAUGAGUUGGCAGAGCUUGUCUCUAAACUCAACAUUGCCGGAAAGGACGCAGCAAAGGUCAAGGGAGUUUUCUCAGAGACCACCGGUGGCUUGGUUGGUGCCGGGAAGCUCAAGGAGGGUGACUUGAAGGUCUUGAAAUGAGAGGAGCACACGCAUACGAAUCCAGGCUUCCUCCUUUUCAGAGGACAUUUUUCAUCAAGAGGGUACGUCAGCAGGGCCGCAGAUUCAAAGCACGCUGGAUAGAUCAUAGCGAUUGAUUCAGGCAUGGCGACGGCAUCGGGUUCAAGGGGAAAUACGCUGUAACAAGACGAUGACAAGAAAAUGAUUCAUUUACACCUGUCCCA